CCCCUUCUUUCUGUCUGGGCUUUCGGGAGGAGAGCUGCCGCUCCUGCUGUCGCCGCUGCAAUUGGCCAUCGUUUUCCUUCCACUUGGGGCCGUUGUUUUCAUCUCCAUGGGGACAGCAGCAUCUAAAGACGAACCCUCUUCUGCACAGAGUCCAGAGGCUUCAACUGCCUUCAGCAUGAUGGACAUCUUCCUCUUCUCCAUUGUCAUUGGUCUCCUGACCUACUGGUUUUUCUUUCGUAAGAAGAAAGAGGAGAUCCCAGAGUUUUCAAAAAUCCAGACACCAGGAGCAGGAACAACUGAGCAGUCAGCAAAUGAAAACAGUUUUAUUGAAAAAAUGAAAAAGACGGGAAGAAACAUCGUGGUAUUCUAUGGAUCUCAAACAGGCACCGCCGAAGAAUUUGCCAACCGCCUUGCAAAAGAUGCUCAACGUUACGGGAUGCGGGGCAUGUCUGCUGAUCCAGAAGAAUAUGACUUGUCGGACCUGAGUCAUUUAGCGGAAAUUGAUAAGUCUCUGGCAGUCUUCUGCAUGGCCACCUAUGGAGAAGGGGAUCCCACCGAUAAUGCCCAAGAUUUCUACGACUGGUUGCAAGACACAGAUUCCAAACUGUCUGGUAUAAAAUACGCGGUGUUUGGACUUGGGAACAAAACUUACGAGCAUUUUAACGCCAUGGGGAAAUUUGUAGAUAAGAAGCUGGAGGAACUCGGAGCUCAGCGGAUAUAUGAACUUGGCAUGGGAGAUGAUGAUGGAAACCUGGAAGAAGAUUUCAUCACUUGGCGUGAACAGUUUUGGCCAGCUGUGUGUGAACAUUUUGGCGUGGAAGCCACAGGCGAUGAAUCCAGUAUUCGGCAGUACGAGCUGGUGGUUCACAAAGACAUCUCCCCAAGCAAAGUUUAUAAGGGUGAAAUGGGACGCCUCAAGAGCUAUGAGAACCAGAAACCACCAUUUGAUGCCAAGAAUCCCUUUUUGGCUCCAGUUUCUUUGAACCGGAAGCUCAACCAAGGUGGAGAGAGGCACCUCAUGCAUCAUGAACUGGACAUCACUGGCUCCAAAAUCAG